UGCAGAUCAUUUUCUCUGUCUGUCUGUGUGUGUGUGUGUGUGUGUGUGUGUGUGUGUGUGUGUGUGUGUGUGUGUGUGUGUGUGUGUGUGUGAGAACAGACGGGCUCUUUCUUCAUAAUGCGCAGGAAUGAGGAGCGGCUGCAUAUAAACCAGACUCCCGUCUUCUGUUCCUCCGUCCUUCUGCUGCUCCUUCAACAGGUUCAGGUCGACAGACAUCAUGAGUUGCCCAUCCUCUGGUCAGCAGGGCUUUUACCCUCAGAUCCCUCAGCAGCCGGCCGGUACCGUAUGGCCCGGUCAACCCGGUCAACCCUGCCAACCCUGUUGGCCCUGCCAACCCGGUCAGCAGAGUUGGCCUGUUAACCAGCCCAGCGCAUCGCUCCCUACGACCUGGCCGGUCCAACCCACCCAACCAGGCUGGCCAAACCCUCCAACAAUCCAACCAAACCCACCAACCCAACCAGCACAACCCAAUCCACCAAUCCAACCAUCCCAACCAAUUCAACCAACCCAACCAAACCCUCCAGUUCAGCCGAACCCACCUGUUCAACCAACCUGGCCUGCUCAAGUACCAACCCCGACGGGUUACCUCCCAUCUCCAGUCCCCCCGGCGUGGCACGGUAAUCCUGGUCAACCCGGUUGGCCCGGUCAGGGGCCCACAGGAGGAGUCCCGCAGCAGUGGCCCCCGGCGCCAGCGACCGCUCCUGUAGUGGUUCCUUUCAACAUGAAUUUUCCCCGUGGCAUCUAUGACAAGCUAAUGCUAACUAUCAGAGGACAGAUUAAACCAGAUGCUAAAAUGUUCACGAUCAACUUCCUGCGCGGUAACGACAUCGCCCUUCACAUCAACCCGCGAUUCAACGAAGGAGGAAAAGCAGUUCUGGUCCGCAAUCAUAAACUGGGUGAACACUGGGGGAAAGAGGAGCGGGAGCUUCUGGCGCCGUUUCCGUUCAUGCCGGGACAUCACUUUGAGAUGAAGAUCCUCUGCACCUUCACCGAGUUCAAGGUGGCCGUCAACAACACGCCCACCUUUGACUUUAAGCAUCGUAUCAGAGAGGUCAACCAGAUCGACCGCAUCAACAUCCUGCAUGACGUCACCCUCACGUCCGUCAACGUGGACACGCUCCCGUGACUCAGGGUCAACUAAACUAACCAUGGCAGAAUAUUAAACCCAACAGGACCUGAUUAAACUGUCGUCUUUAGGACACGACGACACCAGAUGGAUUCAAUAAAACACAAAACUCUCACGCAAACAUCACGACUGGACUCAAAAACGCCUUUCCCCUUUAAUUUAUGAACUAAUACUGAACAAUACUUAUUCAUUAAUCAUAGUUAAUGAUAAUUUCAACAUUUACUAACAUUAUUAAAAUCGAAUGUAUCUGUUAAUAUUAUUUAAGGAGCUGAGUGAACAUGAACAUGAACGUAUUUUUAUGAACGGUAACAAAGAUUAAUAAGUACUGUAUCAAAUGUAUUGACCGUUGUUAGGGAUGCACGAUAUAUCAGCCACCAUAUCGGUAUCGGCCGAUAUAUGUUCAUGUUACAAUGUUCUCGUUAUCGGCCCGAUAAGAAAAUUUGGCCGAUAUAUUAAAGCUGAUAAAUAAUGGAUUAUUUCCUUGAGCUGAGACACUUCAGUCCUCCAUUAUGGUUUUGAAUUGCUAGAAAUAUGAAAGGAAAACACAGUUAAGUUCAACAUGUGCAAGUCUGUCAUAUCGGCUACAUAAUAUUAUACUGAGAACAUUAUAAUCGUGUGUUUGGGACAUGGCUUUUAGUGGUGAGACUUUUGUUUUUGUAAUCAGGCUUUCAAAUAUAAAGAAUUAUCGGUAUCGGCCACAUUUUUCAUAUCGGUGCAUCCCUAACCACUGUUAGAUAAUGAUAGUUAAUGCAUUACUAAUAGGUUAAUAGUGUUACCAAGUUUUCUUUACCAAAAUAAUAGUGUAUUAACUGAGAAAUACUACCGUUGGUAACACUUUACAAUCUGGUCAAUUGUCGAUGCAUUUUGUGAUUUAUUUGUUAACAUCAUUACUGUGAUUGGAUGUUAAACUUCCUGCUUCAAAUGCAAUUAAUAACUUCUUUCUAAUUUGUUUUCUUCUGUGCCGGGUCAGAAAUUAACAGGUGAUUGUGUCAAAAAUGUGGCCGAAGUUCAUACAGAUGCCCACAAAAUUCAAGAUCUGAUUGCAACAAAAACACAAAAAAACACUUGUAUAAGAUCUGGACUUUUAUAUUUUAACACAUCAUAUAAUUAAUAUCACAAGAGCUGUUUUCACAAACAUGAGCACGACUGCAUCGUGAUAUUGAUUUCAUACAAUAAACAAAAUGUUGUUUUUAAAAGGAA